AUGCCAGCCAUGAUCACCAAAAGGCCGGGACUUAUGCAAGUCUCGGUCUCUCGCAGUGCCGAAGAGAAACGACUGAUCCCAGCAUAUUGUAGCAGUCUCGCUCGCCGUGCAAAAGAGCUCGAAAUCCUUCGCAAGAAUAUUCUUACUGAUGCUAAAGGAACUGAGUUGGCGUUCGGCAUCCAGUCUCGUUUCUCACCUCACCCUGUAGCCGUGUCAGAUACUCUGUACUCACGAAUGACUCAGCUUCAUGCCAUUCUAGGUCGUGUUUUUAUCGACAUCGUUGAUCGGUGGUUCACUGACGAAAACGCUCGUUUUCCAGAGCGUAUGCCUUUGGAUCCGUCAGAAGAGUCUCUCCUUAAGUGGAUAGUAUCCAGCGGGACAAUUCCUGAUUAUCGCCAUCAUGCCGGCUGUUGGCGAAGCGAUAUACUAUUUGAACAAACCCCUGAUGGUUUGUCUGAUGUAGCGCCGCGUAUCUGCGAAAUCAACGGCAGGUUGCCCCUAAAUGGAGUACUCGGCAUCAGUUUAGCCACGAAUGGCCUCAAAGAGCUUGGUGCAGCCAAAGGAGGUCUGGAGACACAGAGCGACAUGGAGGGUUCUUAUGAGCAUGUUAUGACAAUGUUCGACCCUGAGAAGCCACUCUUUACUAUCCAUAACAGCUUUCCUGGUGCAGACUCCAAGACACUUUCUGGUGUCAGUCUUAGCAAAGAUAGGCCUUCAGUUGAAGCUGUGGAUCCCAAAUAUCUCGAAGUUAGAGAAGAUAAAUCAUCACCGACUGGGCUGUCGCUUUGGGACAAGUCAACCGGCAUUCAUCUGGAGCAAUGGAUUUUAGAGAUGUUGCAGGAAGAAUAUACCGGCUUGGAUCCAGCGGUGGUUCGACAACUGGCCCUCUCACCCCUGAACGAUCUUCGCACCGUUUUUAUAGUUCACGACAAGAGACUUUUAGGCAUCAUACCGGAGGAACUUCCUGGUAUGAUCACCCGUGGAGUGCUGACGCCUGAGGAAGCCGACAUUGUUGCGGAUGGGAUCGCUCAGACUAUAAACCCUGGGUCCGAAGGCCUGCGAAGCUUGAUCCGAGAAUCAGAGGGUAACCCUGAUGUGAAGGCAGGAUAUAUCUACAAGCCUUGCCGAGACGGCAUGGGACACGGUAUCGAGCUUGGUCGGAAUAUGACGCAGGAAGCCUGGCUUGAGUGUCUGAAGAAGCUGGCAACACCAAACGUUCUUCGCCCGCACGAUAAUGCAGCAGUGAUCCAGAAGCUUGUAGACCACAAAUGGUUCGACAUGGUUCGUCACGAAGUCGCGAGUGACGACGGUGCAAAGCCAAUCAAGCUUCAUAUAAUUGGAUCCUUGUUCAUGUUUCACAACCAGAACUAUUACCCCGCUGCCUGGCGCAUGGGGCUAGAAACGCAUCUUGGUAUCAGUGGUGACAAGCCAGGCAUUGUAAUGGCGAUGGUUCGUCAGCCAGACUGGCCCGUCGGUUAUGAUCAGGAGGAAGAACUAUAA